AUGGAAGAGCGGAUCCGCAAACGCAUCCCCAAGUCCUGCCGCCGCUGCCACCGGCGCAAACAGCGCUGCGUUGGGGCGCCCGUUUGCGCAAACUGCGAGCUUGCGGGUCAGCCGUGCUUACGCUCGGAUAGUGUCCCCUCGUGGCAUCAUGGGAUGAGCAAGGGGGCGCUGGCGCAGCGGAUUGAGACGCUCGAGGCGCAGCUUGCUGCUUUGACAGAGAGUCGAAGUGAAGGGGGGAGUCAUUCGGAGUCUAGAAAUGCUCAUCAGUUUGGGAUCUCGAGCGAAACGACAUCGCCUGGCACAGGGCCCAGUCCAGGAUCUGUCUCAGGGAUAGGAUCGAAUGCGUCGACGAACUCACCGGAGAACCACGGUGCCGUCAUGCACUUUCUCAUCCAGGGGCCGGGAGGGUAUGAGGAUAAGGUCGAGGGGAACUACCUAGGACCCUCAUCGGGACUGACCAUCGCGGAAAAUAUCAGUCGGAUCGUGCAAGAUGCAGUAUGGAAAUCCAUUCCAGUCAAUGAAACCCAUGAGUUUAUGGCGCCCUGCGAGAACGAUGCGACCGGGCCAGCAGAUGCACCGGACGACGCUAUAGGAGCGAGGAUUCUCGAGGCGUAUUUCAAGAGCAUGCAGAUGCGCUUACCGUUCCUGUGUCGAGCGGAAAUAUACGGUCUACAUGCUAGACGCCAUGAGCCGGUUGGACCGAGUACGGUGGAGCAAUUUGCACGGUUUAAGAUCUUCAUGGUCUAUGCCAUCGGCGCUGCGAUUCUACGGAUGACGGAGAUGUACGAUUCAACGCCACCGAGGAAUUACUUCGUUACGGCAAUGCAGUAUCAGCCUGCUAUACAGGGCUCGUUGUCCAUCUCAAGCAUAGAGGCGCUUAUGUUACUGGCAAUGUACAACCUGCAGUCUUCUGCGAGCUCCAGCGUGUGGUACAUGAUGGGCCUGGCAACGCGGAUAUGCGUAGACUUUGGACUGCAUCGAGAAGCACAGUAUCGGCGGUUGCGGCCAUAUGAGGCACAGAGACGACGGAGGCUCUUCUGGAGCGUAUAUCUCAAUGAGCGGUCUGUUGCGUGGUCGCUUGGUCGGCCAUUUAGUAUCGGUGACGAGGAGAUCGACGCAGAGCCGCCGGCUGAUAUCGACGACUCGCUGCCUGAAACAGCGGACAAAGAGCUGUUUCAAACCCCUAAGAAUCCAAGCGAACAAUGGGACGGUCCCAAUAUUCGAUGCUUCAUAGCGUGCAUCAAGCUUUCGCGCAUCUCAUCACGGACCAGGGCAAGCGUGUACAGACUUGAUCGAGACACCCAAUCUCUGCUCCACCAAGUCCACCCCCUACUCGAAAUGCUAGACGAAUACCAAAGGACCCUUCCUUGCCUAUCAGACUACGAGAACGAUUUCAUCCAGAUGCACUGGAACAGCGCGACGCGGACGCUACUACACCCGUUUCUUAAUAUCCUUCCGCCAGACGAUGACCUUGCACGCCGCUGCUUGUACUCAUCUGGUCAGAUGUGUCAGUACUUCAAGAGAUUACGGCAGAGAGACUCGACAUGGUACUCGUUCUUGCUUAUCAACACUCUGUUCAUGGCGGGACUGACUAUCUGUCUCUGCCUCUUCCGGUCCCCUCGCCUCUGGACAAUAAGCGUUUCCAACGACCUGCGUGCAUGCUCAUCCGCCCUCUUCGUAAUGGCGGAGCGACACCCCUCUGUCCGCAAAUACCGCGAUGCUCUCGAAACAGCAAUCAACCGCGUGAUGGACUACGUGAAUGAUGCUCAGAUGCACAGCCAGCACCAAGGACAUACUUCUGGUGGUAUGGCAUAUAGUCUCGAUCGAGCCCUAACUGAUCCGCCCACGCCGGGCUUCUACAUUCCCUCUCCGCAGGCGAGUAGGGCUGGAGCUGGACCUGGUCUUGGUGGCGAGACGCCAGAGAUAAUAUCACUCUUCGAUGGUCGCGCAGCUGCAUUUUCGAAUCUAUUCACGGAGGACUUUUGGGCGGGUGAUGCGUUUGGUUUACAUAUGGGCGAGUCAUUUGGGUUGCGGACGUAG